AUGAGUGAGUUGCAACGAGCCUGGGCCAAGCGGAAGCUCGACCCCAUGCAUCCCUUGCCCGAGCCGCUCAACGACCUGGACGAGGAGCCCGAGGCCGACCAACUCCCCGAACUGCCGGAGCACAUGGACGACGGGGAUUCGUCCUCGGCCUCGUCGGCCUCGUCGGCCUCUUCCACGGGCACCAUCAUCCCCUCCCCGAGCCAAAACUUGUUCGCCCGGCCGCAAGGUGUAUCGCGGGGCCGCACGCUGGAGCAAAUCCCCUGGACAACCUACUUUGAGCGAGAGCUGUUCCUAAAGCCCACAACCGGGGAUGACGGUUCGUCGACUGUAACCUACCACGCCUACCUCAACUCGCCUGUUGGCAAGGGUCCCCUCUUCGUCAUGCACCAUGGUGCCGGCUCUUCUGGCCUGUCGUUUGCCGCCCUCUCGGCAGAAAUCAGGAAGCGUCUUCCCUCGGCCGGCAUAUUGUCUCCUGACGCUCGCGGCCACGGCUCGACCGUCAUCACAGACGGCACGGAGCUCGACUUGAAGCUCGACGUCUUGACGGAAGACUUGCUCAGCAUCAUCCAGCUUACCAAGACACAAAUGUCCUGGCCGGAACUCCCUCCCAUCAUACUCAUCGGCCACUCGCUGGGUGGUGCCGUCGUUACUGACCUGGCUAAAUCGGGGAAUCUGGGAACCUCGCUUCUGGGCUACGGUGUGCUGGACGUGGUGGAGGGCUCGGCGAUGGAUGCUUUGCAGAGCAUGCUGACUUACCUGUCGACACGGCCCACCGGCUUUGCCAGUCUGCAGUCGGGCAUCGACUGGCACAUCCGCUCUCGUACGAUUCGCAACUCCGCCUCGGCGCGGACAUCGGUGCCGGCCCUCCUCGUCUACGACGACUCGAUUGACCCUACGCGGCCGUGGAGGUGGAGGACGGACCUGGCCGCAACGCAGCCGUUCUGGGAGGGCUGGUUCGUCGGGUUGAGCAAGAAGUUCCUCGAGGCGAGGGGUGGCAAGCUGUUGCUGCUGGCGGGUACGGACAGGCUGGACACGGAGCUGACCAUCGGUCAGAUGCAGGGCAAGUAUGCAUUGCAGGUCUUCCCCGAAGCGGGGCACUUCAUCCAAGAGGAUCUGCCAGAGAAGACGGCAGUGGCUGUGGUGGACUUUUACAGGCGGAACGACAGAAGCGCGUUGGUGCUGCCGCCAAAGGUUGGCGAUUUGUUGAGGCAGGGCAAGAGAGUCUAG